CUUACCGGUCGGUCGGCCGAACCACACAGCAGCAAUCUCGCCGCGACAAUAACAACAACAAUAACACCUACUUAAAAAAAAAAACAUUAGAUAAUAUUCAAUCGUAUCGCGCGAGACGUACCUACUUAAUACAAAAAAAAAAAAUCCGAAAAAAUUACCAAAAAAAAAUCAUGCUUACGGAUAGCACUAUUGUCACGGCCGAAUCCGCCGACGGGCUUUGAUCGCCGAACGAGUGCCGACCGCGUUGGUAGUAAAUUAUUAAUAAUAACCGUCAUCGACAUUUAUCUAACACUACUACCAUGACGACCGACGGUUCGCCCGUGUCCGCGCAGUGAACGCACGAGGAUUUAAACGGUCAACGCACUAAGCACAUACCUACCUUUGCCGGGGGCCGGAUCGCGACCAUCGCCUCCUUACGCCUGCCUCGAAGUCCCUGGACUCUGUCGUCGGUCCGCAUGUCCCGCAGGAAGCAGUCGAGACCGGUCAAGGUCCUCGACGACGGGUCCGAGGAAGACGGCGGCCUGCAGGGACUACUGGAACCGGCCGUCGUCAACGGUCACCACAACCACCACCAUCAUCAUCAUCAUCACUACGACGGUGCGAUAUCCAUGACAUCUGACGACGAAGAAGACGAAGAAAACGGACCCAUUCACGGUGAGAAACUACCGAGAAAGUUAUCCAACACUUGUCGGCAGUGCGCGAUGGGAUUUCUUAGUUUCUCCGAACUGUCGGAACACAACAAGACUUGCGUGCUGCACACCGCGGCCGGCCACAACGACGCGGACGACUUCGACGACGGUGCUUGCGCAAAGCGUCUACGGGACGACACAGAUGACAUGGACGACAUGGACGACGACGAGGACGCCGAAGAACAGGACGAGGACGACGACGAGGUGUACCACCGCCGCCGCGAUUUCGGCGGUGCCAACUUGCCGGCGGAUCUGAGGAACGGCCUGAGCAAGGCGCACGAGGAACAGCGCAGACAGCGCCAGGACGCCGAGAACAACAACCGGCGGUACGGCGGCCGCGGUCUGCCCGCGGAAGCCGACGUCGGGCUGUCCGCCGACGAGCCGGCCGCUUCCGUUUCCGGUUUCCCGUUCGGGUUCCACGCGGCCGCCGAACCCGCUCACCACCCGCCCGGCCACGUCACCCUGGAAGCGCUGCAGAACACCAAGGUGGCCGUCGCCCAAUUCGCGGCCACCGCAAUGGCCAUCAACAACGGCGCCGCCAGCAACCCCAACGUUCUACAGGAUCUGGCCGUAGUCAACUCCACGCUGUUCACGUUGCAACACCAGCAAAUGAUGCAACUCAGUCUCAUACAACAGCUGCGUCAACAGCUGCAGAUAAGCCGUCAGUGCGGCACCGGCGUCCAGGCCGACGAAAACGCGUUACUUGCGGCAUCGCCGCCGCUGCCGACCAACAGCGUCGACGGAAACGACGAGUCAGCGGCCAACGACUUACCACUUUCGUUGUUAGCCAUAUCGCGAAACGGUGAGCUCCAGCAACACCCGCCGCCGCCGUCUUUGUCGCCGCCGCUGCCACCACCUCUCAUGAUGAUACCGCGAGCUGUCGGUGACUGUGCCGUCACUCAAACGCCGCGCACGCCCAGCCGAUCUCCGUCGCCUUCACUGUCGGCGUCACCACAGCCGCCGCCGUCACAAGCCAUGUCCACAACGCCGCGACACGAUUCCGUCACGCCGCCGCCCACGACACCCGUCGCACACGCGCUACAGGCCCUACCGGCCACCGCUGCCACCGCCACAGCCGCCGCCACCGUCACCUCCCCGUACUCGUCCGUCCCGACUUCGACGCCCAUCGUGACUCACCACGACUUCAUUCCGUCUUGUUCCGUGUCGUCGGCGUUCGCGUCGUCCAUCAUCACCAACCUGGACCCGCCGCCGUCGCCCAGUGAGCCCAACACGCUGGAGAUGUUGCAGAGGCGCGCCCAGGAGGUGCUGGACAAAGCGAGCCAGGGCCUUUUGGCCAACAACCUGGCCGACGAACUGUCGUUCCGCAAGGGGUCGGGCAACGGCAAAGGCAGCUCGCUGUCGCCGUACGACGGCAAGUCCGGCAACGGCAGCGGUGGAGGCGGCAGCCGUGGCGAGAACUUCUACAAACACCGGUGCCGGUACUGCGGCAAGGUGUUCGGCAGCGACUCGGCCUUGCAGAUACACAUUAGAUCGCACACGGGCGAACGGCCGUUCAAGUGCAACGUGUGCGGCAGCCGGUUCACGACCAAGGGCAACCUGAAAGUGCACUUCCAGAGACACACGUCCAAGUUCCCCAACGUAAAAAUGAACCCACUGCCCGUGCCCGAACACUUGGACAAGGAGUUCCCGGCCCUCAUGCCGCCGCACUUGAGCAACAGCCCUCACCAUCACGGGCCAACGCAAAUUCCGCCGUCGUCGGCCGUCUCGUCCCAUCAGUUCUCCAGCGCCGCCGCGUCCUCGCCGACCUUCUCGUCGGCGCUGUCGCUGUUCCGGCCCAGCCACCAUUUGCCGCAACAGUCGUCCGACAACGUCGUGUUGCCGUCUAACCUGCAGCAACACUUGGCCGCCGCCGCCGCCGACCCGUUGAUGAUGAACCACCACCACCAGCAGAGGCAACGCGCCUCGUCGCUGCAACGGUUCUUUCAGCUCAAACACGAACAGGAACAACCGGAAAACCUGAGCAAACCCGCGGCGUGUUCGUCGCGCGAGUCCUGUUCGCCGUCGUCCCCGCCGCUGUCCGACACCAGUACGGCGCGCAAGGACGACCGCGCGUCAGAGUUCAACGACGACGGGCCGGCCGACGUGGACUCGGCCGACGUGGACGAACGCCACCACAACGACAUGGACGCCCAGACCGACGAUUACAGUGUGGACACCAAGUAUAGCGGAGAAGAAGAGCACGGGGCUUACAGUCCUACCAACACCGCCGACAGACUCCAGGAGCAACCGGAAAACCUGUCUAACAAAAGUGCAAGAAUGAUGUCCAGCCCGCCUGUGAUGACGUCCGACGAAUCGUUUUCGCCUAGACCGACCUCUUCCGCUUCGAGGCAUCACGGAUCCCGUCCGAGUUCGCCUUUGAUGAUGAACCACAGCAGAUAUUCGCCACCGUGCGCUUUGGACCUGACGCCCAAGCAGUCGACCCAACCACUGCCUUCGGUCACUGCCAACCACAUAAUAUCAGCUUAUCUUCCUCCGACGUUUAGCGGCCUCAUGGCCGGCGCUGCCGGCGGACCUGCAGCCGUGCUUUCCGGACAACACCCACCUUCUUUUGGACCAUCGACGGCCCGAGGCAACACCACGUGCAACAUCUGUUUCAAAACGUUCGCGUGCCACUCGGCUCUGGAGAUCCACUACAGGAGUCACACCAAGGAGAGGCCCUUCAAGUGUACCGUGUGCGACAGAGGAUUUUCGACAAAGGGUAAUAUGAAACAGCACAUGUUAACGCAUAAGACACGAGACAUGACGUCAGGCGGCGGCGGCGGUGGCUGUGGCGGCGGCGGCAGUUCCAGCGGCGCGUACGACGUCAACUCGACCAGUUGCGGCCACGACGACACGGCCAGCAACACCAGUUCGGAAAGCCGAGACACCCAACACCAGCAGCAGCAGCAACAACAACAACAACAACAGCAGCAGAUGAUGUUGCUCUCGGCAGCGGCCGCCGCAGCCGCAGCCGCAGCAGCCGCGGCCGCAGUCAGCCACGCUCCGGCACCGGUGCCGCCGUCCAACUGCGCCGCGGUCCGAUGUCCGCCACCGUCGCACAACUCCGCGGCCACCGGCACAGUGUCCACGGUGUCUCUGGCCAACGCGUCCACCUGCACCCCGGCCAACGGCCUGCCCCUGACCGUGGCCGUUCCGGCCGUGCCACCGCCAAAACCGACGGCCGUCCCGCCGCCCCCGAUGCCUCCCUCGUCGUCUUUGCCGGCCGCCAACCCGCCGAGCGGCCAACACAACAACAACAGCUCCAACAACAACAACAACAUCAACAACAACAACAACAACGUGAGCAACAACCGCAAGGACAAGUGUUUGUCGCUGUCACCCAAGCGCUCGCUACCCGACCCGGACGUUGGCCUGCCAGCACCCAAAAGACAACCCAGUUCGCCCAAGCACUUGUGUCACGUGUGCAAUAAGAAUUUCUCCUCGUCGUCGGCCUUGCAAAUACACAUGCGGACCCACACGGGCGACAAACCGUUUCGCUGCACCGUGUGCCUGAAAGCGUUCACUACCAAAGGAAAUCUCAAGGUUCAUAUGGGUACGCACAUGUGGACUAACGGCACUUCGAGGAGAGGCCGGAGAAUGUCGUUGGAAUUACCACCGACGAUGCAGAUUCCCAACAACUCCAACGUGAAAGAGUCGGAUUUCCUGCAGAGGAGACCGGACAUUUACUACCAUCCGUUUUUGCCCAGUCCGUUCUUGAACGGCAUUCAUCAGCAAAAGAUUAACGAGAUAUCGGUCAUACAAAACGUCAACAGUAACGUUAACAAUCGUAUCUUGAGCGGAUUCGGUAAUUUCGGAGGCGGCGGGACUUUCCCGGGCGACAUCUUGGGGAAAACCGGCGACUCCGGUGCGACCAGAGAAAAACAAAAUAUGUCGCCGCCUUCGCAUCAUCAACAGCAACCGCAGCAGCAGCAACUCCACCAUCACAUGAGAACGCCGCCGCUGUGGGACCUGCACUACGACCGGCAGGCGACGGCGGUCAACAUGAAAUCCACCGAUGACCAUCAGCUCAACAAUUGCGCCUCGCAGUCGCCACAACCGCCGGCCAUGACCAACCACGGUAACCACAUCAGCCAGAACCGCACCGAGGGGUUGGCCACAUAACGUUUACUCGAGUAUUUGCGUUUUAAUCGAUAAAACUCAAAUGGAUCUCUUUGGUACGGACCGCGGCUAUAAACAAGAGGUGGUCACAGUGGAAAACAGUCUGAAAACAAAAUGGCGUCAGGCCGAAAUCAUAAUAAUAUUGGCAGUGUCGCCAACUUAUUUUUCGGAUCGCUCGAGUUUUUAUUAACCGGCCUACUCGAUUAUGUUUUUUUUUAAAUUAUUAUUACUUAAUUUCUUACUUCAUGUCUAUUUAGUCAGAUUUAUAGUUUUCAUAUAUAUAUAUAUAUUUGUAAUUUUUUUUUGUAUUACCUAGCUCUACACUCAAACGACGUCCGCACAAAUCCUAUUUAGCAAGUAGUGUUUUUUUGUACAUAAACAUAGCCUGUUAGAGACGUGUUACCUCGUUUUUGUAACCAUAAUAUUAUUUAUAUCGAUAUCUCGGUAUUUCCCACACACCGACGGUGUUCCCCCUCUCCCCCUCGUAAUUGAUUAUCAUCGGUGUGUUUACUACUUAUAGGUAUAUUAUUAUAUAAUUAUUAUUCUACCUUAUUAUUAUUCAAUUCGAUUUGACAUUUGUGUAAGAUUAUCUCUCUUUGUACAAACAAAUUAUUUCUACAGCGUUUAGCUAAUCGUUUUUUUUCUUCUCUGUAAAAAAACAUUAAAAAUGCGGUUAUCAUUUUUUUUUUUUUGAAUUUUUAUAUUAGCUAUUAUUAUCUAUUUAUAUAUCGCGUGUAAAUAUGAAUAUUAUUAUUAUUAUUAUCGAGUUACAAUAUUAUUAUAAACGUAAUGCGCACGUUGUGUAAGUAUAGUUUUUUUUUACAAAGAUUCUCUUAAAAAACUACACUAUUUGAAAAUUCCGUACAACCAUAAAUCGUAUUCAAAGUGUGUUGUGUUUUAUAAAAAAAAUAUGAUUAUUACACAAUAAUAUCAUUAUAAUAAUUUUUACACUACUUAACCAAACUCGUGUACGUUAGCGGAUUAGUUAAAUCACUAUAUUAUUAUUAUUGUAAUUAUUGUAAUUAUUAAUAUUAUUAUUAUUAUUAAAAUAAUAUUAUAUCCUUCGAUGAAUGUUCCUAAAUUUACUAGUCCGAAAAAAAAAU